UGCCGUGUAAGGACUAGGGAUCAGCCAUGGAACAGCCAAAGGCAAAAAAGAGGCAGCUUGACGUCGCGCACCUGCAGAGCACUCCUUACUUCAAGAUGCGAGCCAUAGUUAAAGAACUUCGACCCCAUAUCAUUCAGGUUCUGCGUACUCCUGACUUCCGCAAUUGCAAGGCAGCUACUGAAAUUCGUCAAGAGCUGAAUGUUCUGAUGGAUCUGUGCAAAGAGAUGGCAGCACAAAGGGCAACAGCACCAACUCAAUCUAAGAAUGGAGCUGAGGGGCUGAAGCCCAGCAGCGUUACAAACCAGAAUAUGAAAUCUGCAGAGAAGCCUCCGGCUCCCUCAGAGAGGCCCGCAUCAUUAAUGAAGCCUUGUGAUGAUAAGGGGGUGACCUCCUCAGGAAGUCUAUCCCUAAAACCACGCACGGUUGAUGCCAUUGCCAAUGGGACAUAUAUAGUUGGCGGGUCCGCAUUUGGCUGGAAUUUCAUAGUCUAUCCCGGAGAUGCAAUGGUGUACUAUGGCAGAACAAAAGAGUCAUUCAGGUCUUCAAACCCUAAAUCUCAAUGAACGAUUCUUUGUCAUCACCAUGAUGAAGGAUGAUGUGAGCGAAAAAUUAGGUAUUGUUAAUAGACCUCUAUUUAUGAAACUGGUUAUGACAUAUGUUUUCGUUAUUGAUUUCUACGGUUUAAUUUUGCACUGAUCUACUUUUUGGAAGGAUACUAGUACCUUACCCGUGCAUCCGCACGGGUUGUAACUGUUUUGUAUGUCAAUUAUAAUUGAUUGUAAAUUAGUUUCUUUACAUAUAAAACAAAGUCUUUCAAUGUUUAAAACAAAAGAUAUGGCAUGAUCA